CGGCCCGGCGGCGCCCCCUUAGCCGGCGGCCUCCUCCUCCCUCUCUCCCGCCCUCCCGCCCGCCCGCCGCCCCCCAAUGAAAAUUAAACCGAAGACCUCCCGCCGCGGGGCGCCUUUCGCCUCUGAAGCCGCGCCUCUGCGGCCCCGGGCGAGCGAGCGCCCUCCGUCGAAGGGCUCGGGGUUGGGGCGGGAGCCGCGGGGAGGGCGGCGUGGCCUUGGCCUCCGCGCGUCGUCCGCCUAGCGCGGCCCGAGACCGGUGAUCGCCGCCGGGGACCCCGCAGAGCGCGCCGGGCGCCCUCAGCAUGCGGGGCCCGGGCUGCUUGCUGUGGGGGCAGAGCCAGCCCUCACCCUCUGGGAGCUUCCAGUCGAGUGGGCAGACGGACGCUAGAAUAAUCGCGCACGAAACAGUGGUGGAAGGGUGCGGCCGACAAGCGAGCAAGUUGAUUAUGGAAGAUUCUCACAAGAGUAACACUUCAGAGACAACACCUCAGUCUGGUUCAGCCGUUCAGGGAGCUCAUAUUUCUCAUAUCGCUCAACAGAUGUCAUUAAGAGGAUCUGCGCCAGUGACAAUUGUACCUCUUCCUGGAGAGCAAGUACAGGUUCAGGGGGUCAUCCAGACAGCUCAGUCUUCUGUAAUUCACCCACCACACGUGCAAACGGUAUCAUCUUUAUCAGAAAGUGAGGAGUCUCAGGACUCAUCUGACAGCAUAGGCUCCUCACAGAAAACCCACGGGAUCCUAGCACGGCGCCCAUCUUACAGAAAAAUUUUGAAAGACCUAUCUUCUGAAGAUACACGGGGCAGAAAAGGAGACGGAGAAAACCCUGGAGUUUCUGCUGUCACUUCUAUGUCUGUUCCAACUCCCAUCUAUCAGACUAGCACCGGACAGUACAUUGCCAUUGCCCCAAAUGGAGCCUUACAGCUGGCCAGUCCAGGCACAGAUGGAGUACAGGGGCUUCAGACAUUAACCAUGACAAAUUCAGGCAGUACUCAACAAGGGACAACAAUUCUUCAGUAUGCACAGACCUCUGAUGGACAGCAAAUACUUGUGCCCAGCAACCAGGUGGUUGUACAAACUGCAUCAGGAGAUAUGCAGACAUAUCAAAUCCGUACCACACCUUCAGCUACUUCACUACCACAAACCGUGGUGAUGACAUCUCCUGUAACGCUUACAUCUCAGACAACUAAGACAGAUGACCCCCAAUUGAAAAGAGAAAUAAGGUUGAUGAAAAACAGAGAAGCUGCUCGAGAAUGUCGCAGAAAGAAGAAAGAAUAUGUGAAAUGCCUGGAAAAUCGAGUUGCAGUCCUGGAAAAUCAAAACAAAACUCUAAUAGAAGAGUUAAAAACUUUGAAGGAUCUUUAUUCUAAUAAAAGUGUUUGAUUCUUAAGAAAGAAAAUAUUUUUGUGGACUUGCCUAAAAAUUAGAUGGAUUUCUUUUUCUUUUUAGUGGAGUUUUACGAAUUAAAAGGUCAAAAAUGAAGCUUUUUAUUUAGGCUUUUGCAACUCAAAGAUAACUAUCUUAUGCAAGAGAUCUGGUGACAGAGGAUAAAGUGGAAAAAGACCUCAAGGAAGUUACUGGCACAACUGGAAGCUCUGUAAAAAUUAAACGUACUCAAGAAACAAGAAAUGAACUUUCAUCAAUUCGAAUUUUCUUAAUAACAAAUGGUCGUCAGUAUUCCAAAAAUGGCAGAUAAGAUGAAAUUUGGUAAAUCGAAUUUUUAAGAAUAAAUCAAUUUACCCUUAUAGGUUUGCAUUUCUUACUGUUACCUAAAAUUUACCUUUUUCGAUUGUGUGUGUGUGUGUGUGUUCUAUUUCUGCCAAUAAACUCUAAAUUACAAAUAUGAAAGAAAAGCUAAUACACAACUAAACAUAUAAAUUAUGUGUUCUGAUUAUGUACACUUAUUCUAUUGUCAGGUCUUAAAUGGGUUUUUAAAAGUUUGCUUUUUGGACGCGAGAGGAUUUUUGAGACUGGGUUAACUAUUUUUGAGGCCUUGUCAUAAAAGGCACCUAAGGUACAUGAAUGGAGUGUGGUGAUUUUGUAACUUUUUUUUAUCAGAAUGGAAAGAGAAUUGUUUAAAAGUUUGAUACUUUUAAAUAGUUUGUUUUUUGGUUACUCUGGGAAUGGUGAUUUUCUACAAAUAUUUAAUAAAUUGUUUUUUGAUUCUAUAUUCUGUAUGCAGUUGAAUAUACAUUACGUAUUCUGUUGUGCUUUAAUAGAAUGGAAUGUUUACAGGCCCUUGAGAUAUUAGAGUAUUUUAAAAACCUGAAGAUGCAUACCAAAGUUUUCCAAGAGGAUUUUAUAAUCGGUUUAAUGUAAGGUUUAUCAGAUUCUAAAAUAGUACAGUUACUAAGGCAAUUUUAUGUUAGAGACUAUUUUGUAAUGUAGUGAAUGGUACAUUUAUAAGAAAAGUGACUGCCAAUAUAUUUUUAUAGCUAAUCUUUAUAAAUUCUAAAGUUGAGUUUUUAAUGAUUAUUUUAAAUGUUUAUAUAGUUUGUUAGUAAAAAAUAUUUUGCAUCUCAAAGUAUCAUUUUUAUAUUAUGGGAAGUAAAGUUUCCACAUUGGCUACUGUUUGAAUUGCAAGUUUUGUAUGCAGUUUAUCCAGAGUUCAAAAAUGCUGUCAGCACACCAGUGUUUAACCUCUGUAUUCCAAUUUGUGUACACUUUGAAAUUGUACUGCAAAACUAUUGUGCGCUUCUUAUACAAUAUGUAUCAUAUUGUUGUCUAAGAAAUUAAAGGACAUUUGAUAAAAUUAAGUUUGCUGAAUGUAAAAUAUAUUGCUUGAUAUAUGAA